AUGGACAAGAGCGAUUCAUUAAUGUCUGUUUUGCUCGAAAUUUUGCACAAAGUUCAUUCUUAGAAAUUCGAAGGCGAAAGUGCCUUUGUGUGGGGCGCCGCACCACUUGGAACGCGUCGCCGAGUUGUUCAGAAGCCAGAGAGAAUGCCACGAUUUUAGGUUUCAAGUUUCAGUUAUAAGCAAAAUGAUCUUCAAUUGUAUUGUAAAGCGAUAGUGAGAAGAGAAUGAAUCCUUGAAUUUGGAGGAUAGUGACUUCAAGGCAUUUUGGUCAAUUAACAGAAUAAAUAUAAACGAUUCACGGCUGGCUUGAGCGAUCGAAAAAUGGGUCCUGACACGAUAAAAAAGGGUACAGUGCCUAGUUGAUGGAGAGAGCAGACAGGCCACGUCUUUUUGCGUCCCAAGCUUUCAAGGGCGGUCCAAAAUUAUUGUCGCAAAAGUUUGCGCCUUGGCGCAUAUUCCGUGACCUUUUGAAUAUUUUUUUGUCUUUUUCUAUUUUUCUGUAUAUAGGGAAAGAAAUUCGAAGUUUCGCGUGAGAAAUUCAAAUGAGUAAAGGUGAGCUUUUGUUCCAAAUAAAAAAGAAAAAAAAGAAGAAAACAACUUUUAAUGAACUGAUCAUCACGUGACAUAUAAAAAAACAGUUGAAAACGACCGAAAUCAAAUUAUUUUCCUUGUAGGCGAAGAAAAAAAUAGCAAAAAAAUAUUUCAGUACGUGUGAUUUACGAAUCGAACUCAACAAUGGCUUCGAGCUGCUGCAUUCCGCCGUCGCGGGUGCACAUUCUUUUACAUUUUCUAAGGUUUCCUCUUUUCUGUGCUCUGAGAAAAAGUUUUAAAAAAUUGAAGAUAUUUUCGCGUAAUCGCCCCCCUCAUGCCCCAUACGAUAUGCGGCGGUUUAAUGGACGGAGUGUGAGGAAAGUUGUCGAUUGGAUGUACUUCGGAGAGGUUUUUCAAUAGUUUCUUCGAAUUUUCAAUUGACUGGAUUUGAAUUUUUCGUCGUGAAGUUCAAGUUAGAAUUUUAUCACUUUUUGCUGCGGCUAAGCUUGAAAUUUGACAAAAUUAGUUUAAAAUGGAACCGAACUGCAAGUUUAUUAAUAUAGUCCAUUUACAACGACUUGAGAGUAUUCGAGUGUCUGCGUCUCUAUGUUCUCUCUCUCAGAGAAGCUCGAAAAUAUCACGUCAACAUGAGAGUGUCGCCGAGAGACGAGGAGGGCGCAGAAAAGCCCUUCCAAACCUUAGGACAAUUAAAAAACGAUAAAUCUGAGUUGUAAGCAUACGAAAAGCUCACCCGCUGUUCAGAACCAAGAACACGAUUGCAGUUGCCCAUGUCGGAGGAACGUCUCCGGGACGACCUCGCCGUCGUCUCCCAUCUGCGGAUGCCGUUCCUCCACCGUCAGAUGGAGCAGCAUCUGAAGAAGCUGGCCGACGUCGGCGACGUCUUCUUCGCCCUCAACGUCGCCUCUUCGGAGAACGCCGUCGUCACCACGGACACCAUGUCUCAUCUCGGCCACGCCCUUCACGAAAUCCUGCCCAGCAUCACCAAGCAUGAAAUCCGGCGUCUGGAACCGAAUGCAGCCGUCGGCGUCGCCGCCUUGAUGCUGCCGACCGAGAAGAAGUUGGCGUUGAUCAACCUGUUGAUUCGGUGGAUCGGCCUUGUCAACCCGGAGCGUGACGUCAUCAGAACCGUCGUCAACAGCAUCACGAUCAAGGACGCCAGAUUCGACGCGCUUUCGGCCUUUCGACGCACUCUUCUUCAGGUUCUUGGAGGGGAAAGCAUGGAUUUUGAAUCUAGUAGGUGAUUGAAGGAUAGUUUAAAGUCGAUUCGAUGUUUUCUGAAGAAAUGAAAUUCGCCCACCUUUCAAUCAACUUAGAAACUCCGGAGUAUCCCCUAUAGGGACAAGGGUCCCUUUAUCAACACCAAUAGGUCCCAAUAAAGCUUUCAAAAGUGGUCCCUAUAGGGAACAUGCUAGUCGAUAAUUGUUAUGAACUCUAAGCUAAGAAGCAUUUCCAUGAGAAAAACUGAAUGAAUGAGUUUUUUUUCAAAAGAAAUUGAGAGACCCCUAUAGGGUCCUCUUGAGUUUUAAGGGCUAAGGGGUCAGACUCUAAACCCCUAUAGGCACCACUUUUUCGGCUCAUAUAUAGGUUGUUUUCUCCCUAAUCCCUAUAGGGACCGCUCUAGAUUUCCUAAGUACUGUUCGUUUAGAAGUUGCUAACUUCAUGAAAUCCUUGUCGCAUUUGGAAUGACUUUUUCAAGAAUCAACCUCGACACAAAUUGAAAAAUUCAUCUUUUUGCUCUAAUAUGGACAUUGAAGUGAAAAGUCUCAAAAUUAAUGAACUUUGAAUAAGUAAAUUCAUUUUCUAGUUCCUUCUGAACCAAGGAACUUCCAAACGUACCGCGGUAAUGUUGGACGAAAAAGAGGAGGUGAAUUUUUGGAUAUUUCACUGGAUUUUCAAAAAAGUGUAAUUUUUCCAGUUGAGCAUCCAGUUGGUUGAUUCGAAUCACAAACUUUCGGAAGUUCAUUUAAAACGGUUAUUUUUUAUUUUACAAGAUUUUUUUAAAAUCUUCUUUUUUCAGUAUCAACAAGACUCCUUCGUUUGACGUGAGAUUUUUUUAAAUAAAUAAAUAUUUUUUUAGUUUUUUUAACCGAGCGCCUGUCACCGCCCGAGACAACGUAAUUUUUUCCUUCGGGUACCGAAAUUUUGAGUUUUUCCAGAAGCAGCACGGAUUCCGAUUCAUGUCCCUCUUCAGAGUUUCUUUGUAGUCUUUUUUUCCGAAUAAGAUUUUUUUUUUUUGAAGGGAAUCCGGGUCAAAGGAGGAUAAGAAAAAGCGGCAAGGGUCCCGUGAGACAACGGAUAAGUUCAAAAAUAUGUUUUUUCUUGGAAGAAUUCUUUUUUUUCAGAAAGACAUCAGUUUCCCCGAGUACCUCAGUUUCCAGCAGUCUAAAAGAGCCGAUUGACCCUUUGUAAGUCAGGAAAAAAUUGAAAGGAUGAUAAAAUGACGAAAUCGGAAUUAAAAUUCGACGAAUAUUUAAAUUUUGAAGGAAAGAUAGUCUGGGAAUAUUAGCGAAACCGUGUGAAAAAAUAAAUUUCAUUGUUUUUAUUAUUUCUUCUGUGAAAAGCUUCUUAGGGUCUCCAGAGUGACUCCUAUAGGGGCUAGGGGAAUAGCCUUAUGUGGGGACAAAAAAGUUGUCGCUAUAGGCGUAACGUUUAAGUGAUCCUUAUAGAGGUUUCGGGUCCGGCCCAGGAGUCAUUAACCCUUAAGUGGUCCCUUUGGGGUUGAAAAAAAAACUCGAUCAAUUAUUCAUCUGUUGAUGUAUAUUAAUAAUCGACUUGCAUGAACCCUAUAGAGACCACUCUUGCAAUCUUUAGAGGCCCCUAAAAUGGUCUAUAAAGUGGUCUCUAUAGACCCCUAAAGUUGCCCCUAUAGGGGCCACUCUGAAUUUCUCAAGUUACCUUCCAUCAACUUUUUUCGAAAACGAUUGAAUAUUUUCUUCGAAAUCUUAUUUUAUUUCAACAGAAAAUUGACUCUGAGCGAUAUCGACAUGUUGAAGCCGAUGGCCAAGUAUUUCGACGGUAUUGUGAAAAUUUCAAACUUUCAUUUUUCAUUUUCACAAUUCGAGGUACUAUAAAAGAGACACCAGAGGAAGAGAAAAAGAAAGAAAACAAUCCUUCGAAAGAAUCGCCGUUGAAGAUUUCCCAGAGCGACGUCAAUCACAUCCGCGCUUUGCCAAAUCCUUUCUUGUUAGUUUUAAAAAAUAAUUGGAUAAAUAUUGAUCAAUCGGAAGAAUCGAAGGAAGAUCUCUUGAAAUUUUGUGAAAUAUAAGCGAGAGAAAAUUCCCGGACAACUUGAGAAGUUUAAAGGCGCAUGGUCUGAUUUGACGAAGGUCUCGAGGCGAAGAGCCAGUUUUCGUGUUUUUUGAGUACACGAUUUUUGCGCCCCAUCUCGAAGCAUUUUUGAACCAACCUCGCGUCCCGAAGCGAUUUCUCAGACUCCGCCUUGCGCCUUUAAACUCUCUCUUCGUGUUCUGCUUUUUUUAAAGUCCUUUCUGUGAUUUUUGAUGGCACAUAAAUAUUUUAUGGCCUAAUUUAUCCUUGAAAUGGCUCUUCGCUUUGAAAACGUUCAGAAAAUUUCUCGGUUAUCUUUAAAAACAGCAAAAAUAUAACCUACAAUAUUUUAUUUAAUUGCUGAAUUUUUAGGACCCAAGGACCUAUAAACUCUGAAGCCCCUCUGAUUCCUUCCUAUGUCAAGUUGGUGUCUUUAAAGUGCGACUCUUUUUCAUUUUCUUUUUUUCUAGGAAAGACCAAUUGGGAUGGCAAAAGCCUCCUGAGAAACAAAAGUAUGUUUAAAAAAAAAAACAAACUUUUAAAAAGAAAGAAGCUCUCUAAAAAGAUGAUAACGACGCGGAAAAGCUAGGAUAUAAUAUAUUUUUUUUUCAUUUGAUAAUCCUUUACUUUGACUAAUAGGCAUGUGAAAAAACAAAUCAAAAAUGAAUUCCACAUAAAAUUGCAAACCAAAAGCCUUGUAAUACAUUGUUUCACGCUAGUGCUUUCUGAUGCAUACGCGCGAAAGUCGAUUCAGGUCGGACGCACCUUGAAAGAACGGAGUCAUUACGCAUCAAAAGAUUUCUGUUUCAGCUGGGGAGUUUUAGCUCAACGAAACGGUUUUUUUUUAAGUGAAGCCAAAGAAGAUUUAGGCCUAGCUUCACCGAAAGCGAAGUCGAGGAGAUCAAGAAACUUCCCGUUUCUUUUUCUAACCGGUUCAAAAAUUUUUUUUUGAUUAUUUUUUAUUGAAAAUUCAGAGAAUCGCCUCCUACAAGUGAGAAAAGUGAAGAGAAGGCGAUUAGUCCCAUGUUAGUUUUUUUUUUUCAAAAUUUGUGACAAAUUGAGAAUUUCAGCAUUCGUAAGAAUGAACGUGAUGAGAGCUCGACGGUUCCAAUCAAGUAAUUAUUUUUUUCUUGCAAUAAAAGCUAAAAAGACAGCGAGAGAUCAUUGGCGGCUUGUAGAGACGCCAGACAGCGAGAGACUUUCAUUUCUCUGGCGUCUCUUCUGGCGACUUGAUUUUUCGCUUCUGUUUUUUUACCUGGAUCAAAUUCAGACCUCAUUUCACUCGAAGCGAGAUUGUUGAGAUCAAAAAACUGCCGGUUGACUUCAAAGAACCGUUAGUUUUAUUUUGAGCGCUUUUUGAAUUUCUCUAUUUCAGAAAAUCCCCAUCAUCUGCACAAGGGAGAUCAACGAGCUCGAUGUAAAUUUUUUUUAUUCGAUAAAAUUGAGAGUGAAAGAAGCGAAAUAGUGUGAGAUAAUAAGAGAAAUUAGAGUAACGAAAAGUUUUUCUCAGUGACAAGCCAUUGAUGAUAGGAUACAACGGGAUUUAAAAGUUGAGAAAAAUAACUAUUUAGGCUUGCCGAAAAAACUUCCACCGUUCCGAUCAAGUAAGCCACUAUUUUUCUAAAUUUUCAAAAUCUGAAAACGAGAGAACAACAACGGCCUGGAGAGACUCCAGACAGCCAGAUGAUCUCUAUUCCUCUGGCGUCUCUCCUAUCCUCUGCUGAUCUCUCUUUCGGCUCACUUUCACCAAUUUCAGACCUCGUUUCACUCGGAGCGAGGUUGAUGAGAUCAAUAAGACUCCGGUUUCUUUCACUGGAACGUUCGUUCACUUUUAUUUCUUGAACAGGAAUCUCUUUUUUGAGGAUUACUUCUCAAUCUCCUCAUCAGGAGAGUGAUCCGAAACCAAUAAGUCCAAUGAGUCCUACGUGAGUUUUCGAAAAAGGGUCCAGAAAAAUGUCUUCUAACUUCUCUCCCGAACAUUGUUUAUUCAAGAAAUUUCGAUUUUUCAGUCAAAGAUCAAAAGGAUCACAUAUGAUCGAAGUGUCCAAAUCGGAGCUGGAUAUGAUUCAGAAUAUGAGAAAGCAGUUUGAUUCAAACUGGUCUAUUUGGAAGAGAAUUAUUGGAUUUGAAGGAAAUUGGCGAGAUCGAUCGAUAAAAAAUCUUGGGACUACGAUUCAGAAGGGUCAACUCGUCUCUACAGAUGA